GCAUUGUGGACGCCGUAGUUUCGCCGCUAAUGGUUGCACACAGCGUGAGUGAUGAGGUUCGCUGACUGGAAUAUAAGAGGCAGCAGAGGAUUCCUGCUCUGUCUCCUAGUCCUGGAACUUGCGAGAGAGGUUGGAUAUCCCCAUACCUUUGUUUAAUGGAGAGAACUCAACCAAGCUUCGUUGCUGCUAGCUCCCAAAGCAUUCGAUUUGUGAGAAGCUGAAAAUCGCCUUGUAGAAAGUUGCCCUUCGAUUCUCCGCCCCCAGCCACAAGCCUGCAGAAGUUGGGGCUUUUUGAACAUCUUUCUCACAAGCCUGCAGAAGUUGGGGCUUUUUGAACAUCUUUCUCACAAUCUAGUGCUGAUUUAACUGCAUAAUGACUUUCUAUUUCGCUGGUAUUCGAAGCUUUCCUAAGCUUUGGAAGAGCAACUCAUACCUUGGGCUAAGUUCAAGUCAUUCUUACCUCUCUCUCUUUCUCAAAGACUGUUAUGGCAUCAGGAAUCAAGAGAAGUGGUUUUCUGUUAAAACGAUGUCUGCACAAAAUACCAAAGCAAUGAACCUGCUGAUUGCCAAGGCCAGAUGUGUCAGGAAACUAGAUGAGGGUAGUAAUAAGCAAGUUUCUGCUGAUUCUUCUCACAUGUUUGCAGCUGGAGCAGCUAAGAAGAGAUCACAGAUGAAUCCUUCUAGUAAAACUCCUGUCUUGCCACCUGUGAAGAACAUUAUCCAGCUCCCAACAAAACCUUUGAACUCAGAUGAGUGGGAUAAACUUAAGGAAGAGUUCAAAGAAAAGGCUAACUUUGAAAAUUGGAUUAUUUUGCAGAUGGUUAAAUGCCAUAGCUCUCUAGAUGUGGCCAAAUCUGUGCUGGCCUGGGUAGCUGCAAAAAACAAUGGUAUUGUAGGUUAUGAUUUACUGGUCAAGUAUUUGUAUCUCUGUGUUUUUCAUAAGCAGACAUCAGAAAUUAUUGAUGUCUAUGAAAUCAUGAAAGCCAGAUACAAGCGUUUAGAAUCUGGAGCCUACACUCUUCUCAUGCGGGGAUUAAUCUAUACAGACAGAUGGAGAGAGGCCUUGCUCCUGUUAGAAGACCUCAAAAAAGUCAUGAUUCCUUCAAAAAAGAACUAUGAUGACUGUAUCCAGGGAGCCCUGUUUCAUCAAGAUGUAAAUGUAGCUUGGAAUUUGUAUCAGGAGUUGUUAAAUCAUGAUAUUGUUCCUAUGUUGGAAACUUUAAAAGCCUUCUUUGAUUUUGGAAAAGACAUGAAAGAUGAUCAGUAUUCAAACAAACUGCACAACAUUCUUUUGUAUUUAAGAAAUAAUCAACUUUAUCCUGGGGAGUCUUUUGCACACAGUAUAAAAACAUGGUUUGAGAGUAUUCCUGGAGAACAAUGGAAAGGACAGUUCACCACAAUCCAGCAAAGUGGUCAGUGUUUGGGCUGUGGAAAAACUAUAGAGUCUAUUCACCUGAGUUCGGAAGAGUAUGAAUUUCUCAAGGAAAAAAUCAUGAGGGAUGUGAUAGAUGGAGGUGACCAAUACAAAAAGACGACACCUCAGGAACUUAAGAGAUUUCAGAACUUUGUAAAAUACUGUCCUCCUUUUGAUGUUGUCGUUGAUGGGCUCAAUGUUGCCAAGAUGUUUCCUAAAGCUCGUGAAUCUCAAGUUCUCUUGAAUGUGGUCUCUCACCUCGCCAAGCAGAAUCUUCAAGUGCUGGUCCUGGGCCGGAAGCAUAUGUUAACGCAGAAUUCCCGGUGGAGAAGAGUUGAGAUGGAAAAGAUGCAAAAGCAAGCCAGCUUUUUUUUCGCUGACAACAUCUCUGAGGAUGAUCCGUUCCUUCUGUAUGCCACACUGCACUCAGGAAACCACUGCAAGUUUAUCACAAAAGACCUGAUGCGAGACCACAGGGCCUGUCUGCCUGAUGCCAAGACCCAGCGCCUGUUCUUUAAGUGGCAGCAGGGACAUCAGCUGGCAAUUGUUAGUAAGCAUCCAGGAGCAAAAAUAACCUUUCAGCAUAUUCUCAGCUAUGACACCGUGGUGCAAACAACUGGAGACUCGUGGCACAUACCUUAUGAUGACAACCUGGUGGAAAGAUAUUCCUACGAAGUGCCAACCAAAUGGCUUUGCCUUCACCGGAAGAUGUAAAGACUCUUACCCCAUGCUAAACUUGUGUCUGGGUGUCCUCCUGGUUGGCAUCAGAGCUCUUAAAUUGAUGCUUGUUUAGAGCAUUGCUUCUGUUUGAUUCAGUUUUUCCUGUUUGGUCCAGUUGGUUUAUAUAUCAAUAAGUUGACUUUUUAAUUAAAUGAGAUAUAAUAUCUUUUCAUAACCGGAUGCAGAAGGGGACAACAGAGGAUGAGAUGGCUGGAUGGCAUCACUGACUCGAUGGACGUGAAUCUGAGUGAACUCCAGGAGCUGGUGAUAGACAGGGAGGCCUGGCGUGCUGCGAUUCAUGGGGCCGCAAAGAGUCGGACACGACUGAGCGACUGAACUGACUGAAGGCUUAUCUGAAGUUUGGGAACUCAAUACAAAGUGAUGCCUGCAUUGGUGUGUGCUAAGUCACUUCAGUAAUGUCCGACUCUUUGUGACCCUGUGGACUAUAGCCCACCAGGCUCCUGUGUCCAUGGGAUUCUCCAGGCAAGAAUACUGGAGUGGGUUGCCAUGCUCUCCUCCAGGGGAUCUUCCCAACCGAGAGAUUAGACCUGAGUCUCCUCCAACUCCUGAAUUGCAGGCAGAUUAUUUACUUCUGAGCCACCAGGGAAGACAGAGUGAUGCCUACCUUUCUCUUAUUGGGCCAGCCAUUCCACUUACAUGGGCAAUAGGGUCUUCUGGUAUCCUUUUUGCUGCUCUUCCAGGUCCAUCAAUAGCAGAACCAGUUCAUCUGCUGUUGGGCUCCAGGUUAUCUGUAAACCCCUUCUCCAUUUCUGGUAUCAUCUCAUCCUCUACAUGUUAUCUCCUACCCACAGUGAAUCACUUAUGAAGCUCUGAUGAACUGGCUCAGAUGUCAAAGGCUUAUUAGCAACUUUUACUUAGUAUCCAGUGAUUUGGCUUGGAGGAAAGGGGGCACUUCCUUCUUUUUAGACUAUGAUAAUUUUUCUUCAUCCUAUAAUGCCUUUUCAGGAUUGAUACAUCAUUUUGUGAAUUCCAUUGGGCUUCCCUGAUAGUUCAGUUAGUAAAGAAUCCACUUGCAAUGCAGGAGACCCCCAGUUCAAUUCCUGGGUUGGGAAGAUCACUGGAGAAGGGAUAGGCUACUCAUUCCAGUAUUCUUGGGCUUGCCCUGUGGCUCAGCUGGUAAAGAAUCCACCUGCAAUGUGGAAGACCUGGGUUCGAUUCCUGGGUUGGGAAGAUCCCCUGGAGAAAGGAAAGGCUACCCACUCCAGUAUUCUGGCCUGGAUAAUUACAUGGACUGUAUAGUCCAUGGAGUCCCAAAGAGUUGGACACGACUGAGCAACUUUCACUUUCAUUAAUUCCAUCACUUGGGAUGAGGGUUUUCUAAAUCAUAUAGAUUUGUUUCAUUUCAUCAAGUUUGGUUUACUUUACCAAAGUGAGUAAAUUUU